UAGGAUGACUUUGCAAACGCAAUGCCUCGCCAUGGUGAUGGUGAUGUGGCUCAUCCAGUGUUCCUGACCACCAUUGCCUGGCAUCAACGCUCGGGGCAGGAGGCUAGAUGCUGGCCCUGGGCUUCCACUGUCUGUAGCUGUGCUUGUGGACUCGGCAGUCCGGACCAUUGGCAAGCGCAUCCAGGCAACCACGUCAGCGAUGUACUUCCUUACGCAGGCAAAGCGCUUGACGGGGGUGUUGCAGCCGAUUUUGCCUUCGCAGAGGCGCUUUGCGACGUCUCUUCGGCAGAGGCUCCGCUGGAGGCAGCAUUGCCUUCUUGAAGCUCAGAGCAGCUCCACUGCUUGCUUUGAAAAGGACUUCUUCAGCUUGGGAAGGAGCCGCAGAAAGCGCAACCCAAAGGAAACUGGCAAGCAGUUGGAGAAUGCUCUCAAUCAGCCAAAUCAAGAUGCAGACCCUUGGCAAUCUGAGGAUGAGGAGAACUGCGAGAAGCACCACCUGACAAGAAAGGCCUUGCGCUUCAAAGACAUUGCUGCGAGACCUCAGCAGGCAGCACCAGCAAUGCUUGGAGGAGCCUGGCCAGUGACAUCAAGGAUCGCGAGAAGCAAGUCCCUUAUUCGCCUUCAUCUUCACGAAAGAGCACAACGAUUUGAGGCUUCCGCACAAAGUCAUAGAUGAUCGCAGACCGCAGCGAAGAAAA